AUGUUGACCCACCUCAGAGCCCGUAGCAGGAGUUUGUUCCCCAGCUACAAGCCCGGCAGCCGGACUCAAGCCGUCAAAGAGCCACCGGACUAUCUGGAAUUUACCAACACCUUAAUGAAGCCAUGGAACUCCAUGCAGGAUCUGGGCAGAGACAUCUAUGAUCUUUAUGCUGAGUAUGAAAACGAGGAGGAGGAAGAUCGACUCCCGGUGUCUCCUUCCCGCGUGCUGCUCUCUCCAACCAAACACUUCAUUCUCAACAUCAACGUGGGAGGAACGGUGUACCAUUUGCCCUACAGGUUAGCUGCCAGGUAUCCAAAGACAAGGAUCGGCCAGUUGGCCACAUACACAGACCACAGCAGGAAGUUGGACCUGUGUGACGACUAUGUUGUUCAGAGCAACGAGUUCUUCUUCGACCGGGACCCGAAAAUCUUCCACAACAUCUUCAACUUCUACAGAACUGGAGUGUUGUACAUUAAAGAUGAGCUGUGUCCCCGCAACUUCCUGGAGGAGAUUAACUACUGGGGCGUCAGAAUCAAAAACAGUCAACGCUGCUGCCGCAUCUCCUUCGAAGAGAGGCAGGAUGAGCUCAACGAGCAGCUGAAAAUACAGAAACAGCUAAUAGCAGAGCUGGAGAUGGAGGAGAACGAGGUGUUAUUUGACGGCUUGGCCUUCGGGUCGACACGAAAGAUUAUCUGGAACCUGAUGGAAAAGCCGUUCUCCUCGGUCACCGCCAAGCUGGUGGCUGUCGCCUCCUCCAUGUUCGUGUUGGUCUCGCUGGUCGCCAUGACACUCAACACUGUGGAGGAGAUGCAGUACAAGACGGCGUCGGGCCAGCCCAGCGGCAGAUUCUAUGGCGAGUACGUGGAGACAUUCUGCAUCACCUUCUUCACCCUGGAGUACCUGCUGCGCCUGGUGUCCACCCCCGACCUCAAGAGUUUUGGACGCAGUGUGCUGAACACCGUCGACUUGGUCGCCAUCCUGCCGCACUACCUCCAGAUAGCCCUGGAGUGCUUCGAGGACGAAGACCUGCACCCGCACUCUGGGGACAUCGAGACAGUAGCACGUGUUGGAAAGGUGGGCCAGGUGCUGAAGAUCAUGCGGCUGAUGCGAAUCUUCAGGAUCUUGAAGCUGGCUCGUCACUCGACAGGCCUCAGAGCCUUUGGCUUCACACUGAGACAGUGCUACCAGCAGGUGGGCUGUUUGCUGCUCUUCAUCGGCAUGGGCAUCUUCAUGUUUUCGGCCAUGGUGUAUACUGUGGAGCACGAUGUUUACAACACCAACUUCACCUCCAUGCCACACGCAUGGUGGUGGGCUGCUGUGAGUAUUUCCACCGUGGGCUACGGCGACAUGUUCCCCGAGACCAACCUGGGUCGCAUCUUUGCCUUCGCCUGCAUCUCCUUUGGCGUCAUCCUCAACGGCAUGCCCAUCUCCAUCCUCUACAACAAGUUCUCCGACUAUUACACCAAGCUCAAGUCCCAUGAAUACGCCGCCGUCACCAAGGCCCGCGGGAAGGUGCAUUUCGCCAAGAGGGCGGCAAAGAGGUUCGCAGAGUGCUGCGAAGACGCCGUGCAGCCGAGGACAUCCCGUCUGCGGUGAGCCCGGCUUUGCAUUUCCAAGUCCACGGUAAGAUUUAUAUGGAAGCAGGAGCGACUGUCAGAGAUGUGAAAUGAACCAGAGACAUUUUGUACAGUCGGUUUAACCACUGAGACCCUGUGGCAGAAUUAGACUACACGAGUCAUGGUGGCAUGACCUGUUUGGGCCUCUGUCAAGACACUUCUGGCUCACUCCGAGGUCAAGACUGUAUUUUUCCUGAGGGGACCUUUAAUUAUCAUUUGUCUUCCAUACCUGUUUAUUCCU